AUGUGUCGAGGGCUUAGCGAGCCGAUCGAUCCUCCUCCCGGCGACUACUCGGACGAUGGCUGGCUGCCCAAGUGGCUGCUGGACUGGGAGAUGGACGUCGAGGACUUGAAUUCGCUGCCGCCGCCGCCGCAGAUGGAGCUGAGCCCGGACGAUCUCUUCCAGGACGAGCUCCUCCUCCAGGACGCCAUCUGGUCAAUCUCCUCGUCCAGCGCCUCCAGCAAUGCGGCCUCGCCCAUGGAUUCAUCGCCCAUCACCCCCAAUUUCCAGCAGAUCGAGCAGACAGUCCAAGAAGAGGAGCGCCGCCAACAACCGCCGCCACCCCCGCAAGUGGACGAAAUCCCCGCCAAGAUCCCCAAAUUGGAAGCGCAGGACGCCAAUGCGGGUUCUCUACUCCGCCAAUUCGCUCGAGAAGAGCAGAGGCAGACCGAUCCAGCGCCCGCGAUCGUGGAAACCCAGGGCGGCGAGUCCAAGCGAUCCAAUCCCGCCCAGCCGAUCAAGCACUACCGCGGCGUGCGCCAGCGGCCGUCCGGCAAGUGGGGCGCGGAGAUCCGAGACCCACAGCAGAGGGUCCGGCUGUGGCUGGGCUCGUACGGCACCGCCGAGGCGGCGGCGCUGGCGUACGACGCCGCCGCCAGGAGGAUCAAGGGGAAGAAGGCCAAGCUCAACUUCAAGGACGAGGAAUCGCUGGCGUACGCCAAGCUCCACCACCCGCCGGCGGCGCUGAGGAGCAAGAAGCGCGCGAGGCGGUGCACGAGCGGCGAUGGCGGCGGCGGCGGCGGCGGCGGGGACGGCAUAUUCCAGACAUAUACCCGCGGCUACGGGGAUAUUCUGGGCGCGCUGGAGGAUAUGCCCCCGGCUCUCAAGGACAAGUUUGCGCGGUUUCUAAGCGGCUGCUACGAUUCCAGCAGCUAG